AUGCACUUCACAAGCUUGGCUGUCUUCGGCCUGUGUGCCACUUCCGCACUCGUUUCGGCUACUCCUCUACAGACGCGGGAUGUUCUAGAAGACUUGCAAAACCAGGCUCUCGCGGCUUUACGGGACGCAACAGACAAUGGCCUCGCCAAAAAGUCAUGCUCGAUCUUCAAUGCCAAGAUCCGGAAAGAUUGGGCGCUCUUGUCUGCGACUGAGAGGAAGUCGUACACGUCUGCUGUGAACUGCUUGAUGAAAAAGCCAUCCAGGUCGGACCCAGCUGUUGUUCCUGGUGCAAAAAGUCGAUAUGAUGACUUCGUCGCUCAACAUAUCAAUCAGACCCUCAGCAUCCAUGGGACAGGUUCUUUCCUUAGCUGGCAUCGAUACUUUGUGUGGUCCUACGAGACUGCGCUAAGGGAGGAAUGUGGCUAUACUGGCUAUCAACCGUACUGGAACUGGUUGUCUUAUCAAAACAACCCAACGAAGUCUCCCGUCUUUGAUGGCAGCGCUACCAGCAUGAGCGGCGACGGCUCAUUCGUCGCGCACAAUGGUAGCGUUGGCGGUGCUGGCGCCAUUUUCUUACCCUCGGGUAACGGCGGUGGUUGCAUCACCAGCGGCCCUUUCAAGGACAUGACAGUCAAUCUAGGACCCGUGUCCCCUACUAUGGCCGGCGAGACGAAGGUCAACUCAAGCUUUGCAUACAACCCACGCUGCCUUAAACGUGAUCUCAGUGCCUACACUGCCACGACUUGGUUGACUGCUACCAACCUCUUGAACUUGACAAUCGGAAACGCUGCUCAGAGCAUCGAGACAUUCCAGAACGAACUUCAGGGCAGAUUCAGUCAAGGCUUCCUAGGUAUGCACGCAGCUGGUCACUUCAUGAUCGGGGGCGACGCUGGCGAUCUGUUCUCUUCACCUGUCGAUCCCGCUUUCUGGCUUCACCACGCUAUGCUUGACCGUGUGUGGUGGCUAUGGCAGGCCCUGCACCUCAACCAGGCCGAAACCAUCGCCGGAACCGUUACUAUAUUCAACAAACCACCGAGCCGUAAUGCUACCCUAGACGACGUGAUAUACAUGGGUCAAUCCAAUGCGCCGACCCGGCCGAUCAAGGAGCUGCUGAACUCGCUAGGCGAUGAUCCGUUUUGUUACAUCUACUUGUAG